AUGCAGUUUAAGACUUUACCAUUAUUUCUUUGUGGUGAGAUAUUUUUGAAAUUUCUUGAAGCGAACUUGCAAAGUUUUCACUUAAGUGAAUUGCGCGAUAGUAGAAAUUUUAUAUUUGUAAACAUCACAAGAGAUUUCAAGAAUGCUCAAAAAGAUCAUGAACCGAUUUUAUUUUUUAAACAUUCAAUUGCAUACCAGAAAACGAUGUUUAUAACAUGGAGCACUAGUGCCACUUAUGCAAAUUUAAUUGCAAAACUAAAAGAAAAGGAAACAAUAAGAGAAUUGGUCGAUAGGACGAUAUCUGAUUAUGGGAUUUAUUGCGCGAUGUUGAACUGGCAACAAAUUCCAACUCCUCGACACGGGGAUCCAAUGGGUUGCGUUGUGUGUAGAAUUGAAAUAUAUCACUAA